ACAAGUGGCUGUGUGUGGGAGUUUGAACCUUCAGUAAUAACGGGACACUUUAGCUUUCGAAUCUUUACUGUUAAGUAUCAUGGCAUUUGUGGUCAAAUUUUCAUGUGCGAUUGUUACUAGGUUGUUAUUUAUUCUUAUCUCACUCAUCGGAGUUUGGAGAGUAACAUUGGUUAAAGAUGACCAUAUCUACUGGUUUCUGACGUUCCUCUUUCUACCUCUCGUUGUCGAAAUGAUCAUAACUUUGAAAAGAAGAAAGGGAAAAGAUUAUAAAUGGUUCUCUCCAGCCAUCUUGUUGUUCCUGAUCAGUAUCAUUCCAUCCAUCUGGAUUCUGGAACUACAUCAUCAGCGUAACAAAUCUAGUGACCCCCAGUGCAAGAAACUGGAUUCAUGGGAAAAUGUGAGAAGCAUGAUUUCUCUGAACGAAACGGUGGGGAAUUUAACGGUUCAAACCUAUCUAAAGGGUCUUGACCAACUCUUGUCCACGGUGUGUCCCAACGACUGGAUCCUGGCCCUCCAUCAGGUCCUGCUAAUCCUACUGAUCAUAGGGAAGUGGCUCCUCCCACUGGGGGGCGGGGUCACACGGGAGGAACUCUCCCAGCUCCUGCUCAUCUUCGUUGGCACGGCAGCUGACAUCUUGGAGUUCACCAGUGAAACACUGUCUGAUGUCAAGGAGAACAGCCCUCAGCUGGUGUACAUCAUCCUAGCGGUGUGGACCUGGAGCAUGUUACAGUUUCCUCUCCAUCUGGCCGUGGUGAACUCAAAGCCAGAAAGCGAGGGCGAGGGCCAAGGCGAUUCCCUCCUGACCAAGCACAGCACAGACAUAUGGAGCAUCAUUGAGAGCCUGUUCAUCCAGGAUGGCCCUUUCCUCGUGGUCCGGCUCACCGUCAUGACCUACUUUGAUGUCUUCCACCAGAUGUUGGUGUUCUUUGCCAUUAAAAACUUCCUGGUGGUCAUUCUGAACUUCUACCGGCUGGCCGUCAUAUGCCAGAACUACAGACCUGUAGUCAGGUCCAGAUGCAGCAGCAACAUCCCUGAUUGUAGUAGGGUAGAGGUGGAGAGGAAGUAUGGGGAGGGGAGGUCGGAGAGAAACAAGGUUCCUGCCUCUGCUUUGGAGGAAGUUAAUACAGACUGUGAAAGUAUCAUUACGUAGUACACCGUUUAUACAAUGCACAAGUUCAAUAUUGGACAGGAUUUGUGAGUUCCAAUGCUGGAAUUAAUUAUGUGACUUGACAUUUCCAUGGGUAAAGGGAAGGAGAGACAGAAACAGUUUAACAUUCACAAGCAUAUAUUCAACUUCAGCUCAGCUGAUUUUCUACAGUAUUUUAACUUUUUUGUAAUGUUUUUACCCUUUUGACAACAAAAAAGCCAUGGCUUAGAAGUUUACCCCCAAAGGCAUGUGAAAUAGAAAACAACUUGUUUGAGUUAGUAAAACAAAGGGUAUGCUUGUAAAGAUAGGCAGCCAAGUGUAACUGUCCACAGCUGACAAAAUCAACCCAAUUUUGUUUUCCAAAGGUGUGAUUAUUCAGUGCAUUCGGAAGGUAUGCAGACUCCUUCCCUUUUUCCACAUUUUGUUACGUUACAGCCUUAUCCUAA